GAAUCAUAUUACGACCUUAGAUGGAAAUUGGGAAGCUCUCUUUGAUACACUAAGAUCUCUGCAUUUAUCCGGAAAUGAUAUAACAGAAUUAUCGCCAACCGCACUCCAUGAGUUCAGCAAUGGCGGCAAUGGUGGUGCACAUCCAUCGAGCCUAGCUGCUAUACAGACAAUACAAUCCCGUGACGAUACGUCAAGGAACAUGCAUGCAGGAUUAGCCGCCUCCUCAACCAACAUGCACUCAUCGCACAAUCAUGUCGGCAGUAAGCCUUUUAACAAGCUGCAAAAGCUGCUAUGGCUAGAUUUAUCAAACAAUCGUAUUUACCACAUAACACCAAAUUUCCUGCCACGUUCCUUAGUCACAAUUGAUUUGUCUAGCAAUUUGUUGGCAACAUUUCCACAGCAACUGUUCGAGCAUCUGCAUGACUUGCGUAUAAUAAGUUUACGUGAUAAUUUGCUGAAAGGCGUACAUACAAAGGAAUUGCGUUUGCUGCGUAUGCAUCUCGAGAAACUCGAUUUGGGACAAAAUCUCAUUGAAAGCAUGGAAACGGAUUGGUUUCAAAACAACUAUUCCGAUGUGCAUGUACGUGCGUUAAAUUUAGAAAAGAAUUUCAUAAAGCAACUGCCGCCAGCAGUAUUUCGGGGCACCAGCAUUCGGCACUUGGUACUGGCCUUCAACCUCAUCGAGCGCAUACACUUGAGUGCCUUCGAAGGUAUUGCAGAUACUUUAGAGUAUCUAGACUUAGAACGUAACAAUUUAAAUGCUGUGCCAGGCGCGAUACGCUCACUUAAUAAAUUAAAAUAUUUGUACUUAACAUCAAACAACAUUUGUCAGCUAACUAACUUGCCAGAAUACACCGAUAGUUUACGUGUACUCAGUUUGAGCGGUAAUAACUUUAGCAUGAUACCUGUACUGGGCCUAAAGAAUUAUACAGAGUUAUCCUAUAUAAAUAUGGGCUAUAAUAUAAUUGCAGAUAUACCUGAAGGAAUUUUCGCUGUAGAUGGUUGGGGCGCGAACUUACAGACAAUUUUGUUACGAAACAAUAAAAUCACUAAUCUCCACUUAGGUUCAUUUUAUGGACUUGAGCAAAUACAGGAAAUAAGUUUAAGUUUCAAUGACAUAACUAUACAUCAUCCAAUGGUUUUUGAAAAUGUUUCGCGUACUUUAAAAAUUUUGGAACUUUCGUUUGCAGUUUUUCCUGCACGUAGCCUGGAUUCUAUUGAUCCUUUAGAUGCACUGCAUCCACUUUCACAACUGAUGUGGCUGGGCUUGGAUAACAACAAUCUCAAAACAAUUUCGAAUGAGUCUUUUGUGAAUAUGCGCGAGCUUAGUUAUAUUAAUUUGGGAUUCAAUCAACUGAAAAAAUUGCCAACUGGAUUAUUUCUACCCGAAGUACACAACCAUCUUGUGGAAAUUGAUCUUUCAUAUAAUUCAAUAGAGCGCAUAACACCGAAAACUUUUUACAACCUAGGUGAUUUGCAAACUUUGAACUUACAGUCUAAUAAGUUGAAAUUGUUGGAGAAACAUGCAUUUUACAAUUUAGAAUUCCUUCGACAUAUUGAUCUAUCUUACAAUCGACUGAGCAAUAUAUCUUUGGGCGCCUUUACGAUAUUGCCCAAUUUGGCAUCCUUAGAUUUGAUGCACAAUAGCUUGUGCUCCCUUUCUUUGAAAAUGUUUCACUUUGUAUCCAACACAACAACCCCACUUAAACUAAAUAUAUCAUACAACCAUCUCUCGCACUUUGACGAUGAACUCAGCUCCUAUAUGUAUAUAUACAAUUUGGAUAUAAGCCGUAACCAAAUUAAUAAACCGGACAGUUUUUCCAAUCUUGCGAAUACGUUACGUUUUCUAAAUCUAGCACACAAUAAUCUUGCCACCCUCGGUAAUCAUGCGUUCGGUGACUUGGAGUUCCUGGAAAUUCUUAACUUGUCACAUAAUAAUAUUACAUCGCUACGUCGUCGGAGUUUUCAAGGCUUAAACAGUCUACAAGAACUAGACCUAAGCUAUAACAACUUAGACCAACUGCAAGUGGAACAAUUUUCGAACCUACGUAAGCUCCGCAUAUUGCGUAUAAACUCAAAUCGUUUGCGUGCAUUGCCGCGCGAAGUUUUCAUGAAUACUCGUCUAGAAUACUUGGACAUCACGGAAAAUCAAUUAUCUGUUUGGCCUGUACCAGCAUUUUCAGAUGUUGGCUUCACAUUACGCAAUAUACAAAUCGCUCAAAAUGCUUUGGAAUAUCUUGAUUCGAGCAUGUUUAUUAACUCACAAUUUCUAUACGACAUAAAUCUGUCCCAUAACAAAAUCACUGUUUUGCCUGAUAACACUUUUACGUUCCUCAAUAAUCUAACAAACCUAGAUUUAUCCCAAAAUCCAUUGGUAACAACUAAUCUCAAAGAGGUAUUUUUGCAUACACCACGCCUGCGUCGCCUGAACAUACGCAACAUGGGCUUAUACGUUUUACCACAGCUAAGUCUAUCUCUGCUUUCGCAUCUCGAUGUUAGCCGGAAUCACUUGCAGGAACUGUCGCCGCUACAUGAAAUGCGUCAAUUACGUUAUGUCAAUAUUUCACACAACAAAAUUGUCAACGCCAGCUGCGCCGUGGAGCAUUUACCGAACUCGGUGCGAGUGCUAGAUCUGGCGCACAAUCCGUUACGCCGCAUCACCAUGCAUGAUAUGUUGAACUUACGUCAUUUGGCCGAACUUAAUAUACUCGAUGUAAAGGUUACGAAUUCGGUGGUUUUCACUAAAUUGCGUUCAUUGCGAAAAUUGCAUUUAACUUCGCACCAAAAUCUGGACGACAUUGUGUCUCGCGUACCCGGACUUCAGGAGCUCCAUAUACACUGCAUUGAAUCGAAUAUUGGACCGCAAUUAUUUGCUAAACUGCUUAACAAUACAAAACUACAAUUGGUAGAAAUUUACGGCACAAAUGUGCAGACCAUUUCACCAGAUGCAUUGUCUGGCUUGGCGCGUAAUCAACGUUUGCACGUAAAAAUCUCACACACAAAAAUAUCCGAUUUGCCUCCUGGAAUUUUUUACACUCUGCGCUCCGUACCGCACCUAUCCAUCGACAUUUCACACAAUAAAAUUAACGCCCUUGCAGCUGAUAGCUUCUAUCCAAAUAAAACCUAUUGGGAUACAGUGGGCACACGUAGCAUAAUAGGCGGCUUGGACACCUCACACAAUCCAUUGGAGUGCGAAUGCGGACUUGUGUGGUUUGGACAUUGGCUGCGACGUUGGCUAAGAGAAUCAGCACAAAUUAAAGUGAUACAAAAGGAUGAUAUGAAGCGAAUGGUACAGCGGGCACGUGCAAAUACAUGUCACGAUCCAACAACUGGUCGUCGAUUGCCUAUACUUGAAAUAUUUCCAGAGGACUUGCUCUGCCAGGCGAGCGCAUUAAGUAGUUCCAGUGAGCGUCUAUUCUUACUCUCGUUUGUGGCGAUCGUCUUGCCGGUUUUUAUAAUGUCACUUUGAUAAUUGUAGAUGAUAUUGUGUGAUCGUUGAUAGUAAAAGAUCGAACACAACAUUUAAGGAAACUAGUGUAAAAUAUUGUGAGUAGCUUUUAUAUGUACAUU